UAACAUAGUCUCUGUCUCAUAAACAUCGCAAUCAUUUCUUACUCGCUAAGUAUCUUUUCUUUUUCUCACUCCUCGUUCAUCUGCUUAUUCUAUGCUUCCCUUCUCCCCCACCCCCAUCUUUCUUUUUUUUUCUUCUCUCUUUUCAUCGCUAACACACUUUGAUGCAAGGAAGUUCUAUGUAUGCAGAGAGACCGAGAAAGAGCAGCAGAGCCGACGGGAGAGACGCACUAUUUCUCUCGUGCACACUUCCUUCACCUUCAUUUCUCGUGCUGGUCUUCGGUCUCUCGUGCUUCUCUCCAUAUCUCUCGCUCUGCGAAAACUUCUAGGGUGACGAUGGUGAAGCUGACAAUUAUUGCCGUAUUACUGUUUGUUGUGUGCAAUGAAUCCCUGUCCACUCAUCCUGCCAAUCUAACGACACCCAGCUGGAACAAUUGUACGACUAACUGUGCGCCAUGUUCUACACCUGGGACGGCCUCAACACCAUCAUUUGCUACUCCUCCUCCACCGGUCCUGGCGUUCAUCAACGUGAAUGCCACGGUGAGCUCGUGCCAGGGGGCCCUCCACCUCCAGCACGUAUUUAAUCACUUCAACGCGCGCCCACUCUGUCACGACAGUUCUGAAAAGCUGGAAUCCUUCAAGAACAUGUUCUGUGCCCACCUGGGAUGUGACGGAUUCAAGAGAUGGAAACGGUCACAAAACCAUACGGGUUACAAGAUUGAGGUAAAUGGAUUUAUACCAAAGGACAACUGUAUAACGCUGGAGAUUAUGUGUAAAGCUCUCCCCAAGAGUAAAGAACUAGCAGGCUACAAGACUGUGACUGGUCUGCUCAUCACGGGGAUCCUAGUCCUGCUUCUUCUCAGGUUUGGACAUAAGAGGUGCACCACCCUUUACAACAAAUUGUUUAAGCGGCGGAAUCGGGAGUGGAUCGGACCCACGCAGAGUCAGAGUGUGUCGUUUUAUAGAGCACAGGCUGGAAUGCCUUCCAGCAACUCAGCAAGAUACUCGUACCCCGCACUGGAGAGACUGUCUGUACAGCCCGGCAGAGAGCCUUCCUCAAACCGAAACAGCGACUGUGAUUCAUAUAACUAAGUCAUCGACAUGACCUUUUAUAUCAACGGCGCCAUCAUGAAACACCAGUGUUUUCUUCCAAGUGCCUAGUAACAAGAACUUUUCAUCAAAAAACAAAGGUCCCGGAACCAAAACGAAUGCUUUCCAGAUAAAGGUCUGGUUUGCAUUCAGGUUGGCGAGCAUCCCGAAUGACCACCAACUGUGUUGACAUUAACGUGGCAUGGACUUGUCAGUCUGAGGUGAGAUGAUUCAUAUACUAUAUAUGUAAAUACAAAUUAGGUCUUGCUCUUUAUGUUAAUGGGACUGCACCUUAAUUUUUCACUUCUGGUAUAAUACCAGAAAUAGUUGGUACAUUCCCCAUCACAGUUUUUUUUUUAAAUCUGAGGUCUGAAUUUCAUUCUGAUAUUAAAAGAAUGUUUUAUUUGUUGUAGACAUUUAAUAAAAUUUCUCAUUUAAGCUUGUUUUAGUAAAUACUGUAAAAAGUAUACAUGCAUUUUUGUGUUUGUAAUGUUUUAUACAGCUUUUUCACUUGUGCAUUCUUUCAAAACCCGGCUUUCUUUACGCAUGACAUUAAUAUGUUUGUUAUUUUAUUGAUUGAUGUAGGUAAGCAUGGGUUUUAAAGUUUCCUUAUGUAUUUUUUUUUACCAAAACUACAAAACAUUGAGUGCAUUUUCAACAAAAUGCACGCAUGAGGAAAAGAAAAGAUUUGGGAAGGUAGAGGAAGCAGAGAAUAAGAACGUUGAUCUAUUUUUGAAACAGAAAUUGGGUUUCCUGUGUUGUUUUUAUUCAUUUCCUGUUUCUGUGUUAUUUUUGUCAUUUCAUGCAUGCCUGGAUCCCCUGUAUUCUUGCAGUUCAUUCAUGCAUCCCAGUGCCUCUCCUUUUCAUUCCCCCCUUUUCAUUUUAAAUUGACAUUUCUCUCCAGUCAUUUACUAUGCGUAAGAUUCUAGACGUAUCUAUUAAACUAAGUGGAAAACCAGACAGCCCCCAAUAAUGUUUUAAAUGAUAAAGCUGUGUAUAUUUUUUAACUGUGUAUAUUUUUUACACUAUAUUAAAGACUGUCCAUGCCGAUUUGCAUUAAA